CCCAAAUUCUAACCCACAGGUCCUUGACCUGCUCCUCACUAUUUCUCAGAGGAAGAUCCUUACAGUCAAUCCAGUCUUUAAGACAGAGGGCAAAACUAGGAGCAGACUGUAACUACUGUAAAACUGUAUGGUGACAAAAUGAGGAGUCUGAAAUCUCAAUUAGAAGCUUACCGAGAGCUGAUGAACAAGAACAGCCAAUACUGGCAAAAUCUAGCUAAGAGCCUGAGGGAAAUUAACAGUCAACUGAGCCAAGAGAAGGAAGAUCUUCUUCAUCAAAUGAAACAACAAACAGAGAAAUGGGAAGAAAAAAAGGUCAGGAUCCUUGAAAAUCUGUCUAAAAAAAUCAGUCAUCUUUACGCCCAACACACAUUGACUUUGCAGGAAUUUCACAAUAUCAGUCUGUAUGUGGAAAGAGUGUCAGACCAUGUGGAUUUCCAGAUCAAAAUUCUUCAGCACAAAUCUGAAAAGACCGAAGACUUGGAAAAAGCAGAUGUGCUCAUUUUAAAAUCAAAAGCAGAACAAGGAGCUAAUGAAGAGAAGUCUGAAAACUCAGUGGAAAUGGGACCUCUGUGGCAAGCACACAUCAUACUGCAAAAGAUACAGGAGUCUUUACGGAAACGAGAAAGAGAAGUUACUGAGCUCCUAGAAAGUGAAAGAAGAUAUAACAGUGCAGUGAAACCUGAAAUUACAGUCCUAGUAUUCUUGAAAAAUCUAGCUAAGAAGGUUCACACCUUAUACUGUGAUGUCCCUGAGGCACAGCAGUACAUCAAUCAGCUUGUCAGGAAGAAUGAGGUUGAAAGGGCUGGUUGGAAAGAAGCCUUUAAUAAAGCUCAGGCUGACAUUUCGUCCUAUGAAGUGCUUUAUGGAAAUGAACCUAGGGAUGACAAAAGCGACAGGACACAGUUCUCUAUGAAGCUUUUCAGAAAUCUUGGGAGAGCAAAGUCUGAAUUAGAAUUUGCUGAAACAGAGAAGAUAGUUUUUGAUUGUAUCCAGACUGGGGAAAUCCCCAACUGGAUUAAAAGAGAUUGUCCUUAUGUAGUCUUGACAGAAGACCAUAAGGAUGUAUGCUCUAGAGAGAUAAGUCAGCAUUCAGAGGAAAUAAUGCAAAAGUUUGAAAUGGAAAUGAAGGUGGUCAAGAAAACAAUGGAACAGUAAAAAACACACCAACAAUGGAACAAGUUUCCUGUUUUAAAGGGGACACUGGAUGGACGUCUUGAGUAAUAGAAACAUUUUCUACAGCAGCUUCGUGAUAAAAAAUGAAUUGGAAGAACUUCAAGCCCACUAUUUACUCUCAAGAAACUUUUGGAGUUUCAGUGUUUUGAAACUUUUAGUCACUUUAAGAAAUAUUUUGAAGACAUCUUUAAAUACAAAACAACAAAACGCACACACAAAGCCCCCCCACUAUUGUAUCCUGAAAGAGUUUGACUGAACAAAAGAGCCUAAAUGCUUUAUUUAAGCAGAUACAGAUCUGUUUGUAAGUGGAUGGGAUUAAUCUCACCAAAUUUCUGAUGUCUAAAAUUAUGCAUCUAACAUGUAUCUAUAAGAAUAGAGAGAUGGCUCCAAACUGUAUUUUUUCCCAGAGCACGAACAGCUCUGUUCCACGGAGAGAAGGCUCAGGGUGAAAUGCUGUUUGGGUGUUAAAAUGUUAAUAAUAAGCAUGAUCUGUCCAGAUUAAACUAGGAACUCAAACAAAUAACUUUUUGUUUAUUUGUUUUGUGGUUUUGGUGGUGGCCUUUUGUUAUUAUUUUUUCAAGUAAAAGAUUUACUCUUAGCUUUAAAUGUUUUGGACAAAGAAAAGCACAUUUGUACACAAAAGGAAAAUUAUGCUUAUUUUUAAAGACCGUGCUGAAAGAUGCAUGGCCAGCUAUAACAGUCAUUGGACUAGACCACCAUUCCACGUGAAAGCCUUCAGAGAAGUCCCAGACAUGUUGCUUUUCUUUGUCUUUCCCUUUUUAAAAUAAUUAUGUAGUGGGAACAUGUUUUUAAUUCUGCACAUAAUAAAAUAAAAGGAAUGAAUCCCAGUGGACCACACCAUAUCUGACAGACCAUGUUAUGGCACAACUGUGAAUUUUGUAUAUGGGCUCAGUUGAAAGUAUAUACCAGCAGAGUCUUUUUCAAUCAAACAGAUGCUUUUAUGUAUUGAUGUCAUGGUUAUAUGAUUCUUGUUAUUGGUAUUAUUUCAUAUUAUCAUGUGAAGCACUGAAAGUUAAAGAGUUAAUGCCCCAUU